GAAAUGUCUCCCAGACUCUAGGCUUUAUUUUUAUAUUUUCUGUCGGAUAUGUUAUUUUGCUGAUUUGAAUUAUUUUUAGAAAAGUACAACGUAAGACUGGGCGCAGGUAAAACGGGUAACAUGGCUGUUAAAAGCGUCCUUUGAAGUCUUUCCCUUUUCGUCGCUGGAUUGAUCGUGUAAUUGAGAGAGAGAGGCGCCGUGUUGUCCGAAAAGCCUCAUGUUUUCACCGGGUCAAGAGGAGCACUGUGCGCCCACCAAAGAGCCAGUAAAGUACGGGGAACUGGUGGUUUUAGGGUACAAUGGCUCCCUCCCCAAUGGUGACAGAGGGCGAAGGAAAAGCCGGUUUGCCCUUUACAAGAGAGCCAAAGCCAAUGGGGUCAAGCCCAGCACUGUACACAUCCUUAACACACCACAAGCCAGCAAGGCAGUGAACUGUAAGGGCCAGCACAGCAUCUCCUACACGCUGUCCAGAAACCAGACGGUGGUGGUGGAGUACAGCCAUGACAAAGACACGGACAUGUUCCAGAUCGGCCGAUCGACGGAGGGCCCGAUUGACUUUGUGGUGACUGACACUGUGUCAGGGGGAGGAGAGAGUGAGGAGACACCCAUCACUCAAAGCACCAUCUCCCGCUUCGCCUGCCGGGUGGUGUGUGAGCGUAACCCACCCUACACCGCACGAAUCUUCGCUGCAGGCUUCGAUUCUUCCAAGAAUAUAUUUCUCGGAGAAAAAGCAGCCAAAUGGAAGAAUCCAGAUGGUCACAUGGACGGUUUGACUACCAAUGGGGUGCUAGUCAUGCACCCGCGGGGCGGGUUCACAGAGGAAUCCAAGCCUGGUGUGUGGAGGGAGAUAUCAGUGUGUGGAGAUGUUUACACACUGAGAGAAACACGCUCUGCUCAAACUCGAGGAAAAUUGGUGGAGAGUGAAAGUAACGUUCUGCAGGACGGCUCUCUGGUUGACCUUUGUGGAGCAACGCUGCUCUGGCGCACCGCUGACGGCCUUUUCCACACCCCCACACAGAAGCACCUGGAGGCCUUGCGGCAGGAGCUGAACGCAGCCCGGCCCCAGUGCCCUGUGGGCCUCAACACACUGGCCUUUCCCAGCAUGCAACGCUGCAGUCGUGCCCUGAGCAACGUCCCUGCCCAGGAAGACAAACAGCCCUGGGUCUACCUUGCCUGUGGUCAUGUUCAUGGCUACCACGACUGGGGCCACCGAUCAGAGCGGGAGUCCAAUGCCCAAAGAGAGUGCCCCAUGUGCAGGGCCGUGGGUCCCUAUGUGCCACUCUGGCUCGGAUGUGAACCAGCCUUCUACGUAGACACUGGUGCGCCAACACACGUCUUCGUACCUUGUGGCCAUGUGUGCUCUGAAAAGUCCACCCGCUAUUGGGCAGAGAUUCCUUUGCCACAUGGCACCCACGCUUUCCACGCUGCCUGUCCUUUCUGUGCUACUCAACUCAACCUGACACAAAAGUGGGCCAAGCUCAUCUUUCAGGGGCCUAUAGACUGAGAGCGUAGAGGAGGUCAUGGGGAACUGGUGGAUUGUUGUCUAAUUGAAGGGGAAACCAGUAUGCUGAAGGACUAUUAGUAGGUGUCAUUUUUAAGGAGCGACUCAAACCACAAGCUGUGAAGCUGCCCUUGAUCUGCUGAUGAUGGAGAGCAGGUUUCUGUUCAGACAACCGUUGCCUUGGCGUAUGACAGGAGGCGUAAUUCCAUCAUCAUUUCCUGACCUUUUUGUCUACAGGCCUUCAAGAUGUCAGAUCACACCAGCAUUACCACAUCACUCAGGAUGUUUAAUACAGUUCUCCAGGACACUCCGCUUUAGACCUGAGGUGCUGCAUCUGGUUCCUGGUGAUUGACUUUCCUGCAAAGUUUUGUUGCUUUAAUAAUUCUUCCGGUGAUUUCCAAAGAACUCCAUUAUCUGAGCCUAGUGUGUCGGGUUGGAGCCCAAGUUGGAGUCCAAGGAGCAGCAGUGAACAUUCAUUAUUCGUUAAGUAGUUCAGUGUGUGGGGAUAUUCCCAAAGGUCUGGAUCCAAUAUCCCAAACUCUACUGAGUGCUUCUACAGGAAUGGUUGGAGCAGAUAUUUGGGAUCUGCAAUACUAAAAUGGUUUUCCAAAGAUAAAAAGGGCGAUUUUAAGUUUUUAUGUUAUCCUUUAUACGAAGAGCUAGCAAGAUUAACACUCCUUAAUGAUUCCACAGGAAUGCUGAUCAGACACAGUGGAAGCUUCAUUUUGAAAAUGAAUUAGAGGAAUUUUUGACAUUUUUAGCCUAGUCCUCCUAGUGUUCACCUACUUCAGAGAUGUCAAGUGUUUGGAAACUUACGUGUCUUUACAUAAAAUCUUUAAAGGUAUUUUUAUUCAUACCGGGAUAACCGGUAAUAAGAUUAACAAAGAAUGCAGCCAAAUAUUUUUGGAAAUGGCUGUAGAGUUGAUAAAUAAAUGAAGUAUUCCUGG